GUGAAAACCAAUAAGUUGGCUUAUGCGCUUUGUCAUAGCACAACGACAACGAUCGAUUUCAUUACAACAUACACACCCAAGUAAAAGUACAGUUUAUCUAUUCUAUAAAAAUAAUGAAUAGAAUAUAAAUUUUAAAUUUUCCCUAUUCCUAGUUUCAAAUAUCGAAACGGAAAUCCUUGUAGUUCGGUGUAGUGGAAUUUAGUCAAAUGAAAGCACCUCAAAUUUGACAGUGACACGAGAGACAGUUGGUUGACUUGAGUUGAGUGUUGACAAAAAAUGGUAUUUCUUUGUUUUUAUGGGAGUACAAUAAUUAUUUGAGUAAAAGAAUUUUUGGAAUCCAAAUAAACUGAAUUAGAUUAAAUACAACACCAAAAUUGUUGCGAUAAUGUCCAGAGCACUGUUGGAAGAAGUUGUCACUCCUGCGAAGGAGCUAAUCACAAAAUUAUCAGGUUUCGAAGAAGGUUCCGAUGAAUUUAACCACGUCUUAAAAUACUUCAAAGCUGUACUGAAUAAAGCAGACACGAUGUACUUUUUAAACAAGCGGGACGUGGACAGAAACAUUGAGGGUAUGAGCGAAAAGUUUUGCUUUCACGGCUUUUUUAAAGAAGCUGAUGCACUUAAAGCGGCUUAUAAAAUGUAUUUUCCCGAGCAUUUACCCAAAGCUGAAAUCUCGACCAGAUUGAAUGUUGUACAAUUUUUAAUGUGCAUGUCGGAAACGCCUACAAAACAUUUUUUGGAACAUCCUGAUGCCCUUGUUAAACAAUCUGUUGAUGCAGAGCAAGAAAUUGAUUGGGGGGCCUAUUUGAAAACAGGAGUGGAACCGUGGAUGCCUAAUUAUGAUGAAUCAAGUGAUAAUGAUUCUUAUGGUAGCUUCGAAGACCCAGAUGGCGAAGAGUCUCAAUCACCAAGUGAUUCCACUAGUUUAUUGCCAGUUCAUAUCAAAAGUGCGGACAAAAUAUGUACUAUGGAUUUCAACGCCAGUCGAGAAGAGCUUUUACGCACUAUACAGCAUUCUUGGUAUACCCAAGAGAAUUUUUUUAUGGAGCCACAAAGUCAGAGGCGAGAGGCUAAUAUUGGGAUUUUAUGGGAGAAAUACCUAAAAGAACAAGUACACGGUCUUAUAAUUUUAAAAUCACCCUCAAUUAUUUCUGAAUAUAAUGUUGUAAGGGAAAUUUUAUGGCAACUUUGGUGCCCCAUUAGCUCAUCAACUUUGGAGUUUAGUGGCAAUUGCUUAAGGCCACGACCAGAUAUAACUUUGGCUAGUGUUCGUUCAUAUGCUUUCUAUACGUUUAUGGGGGAAUUUAUUCCAUACAUAGAACUGCUAGAAUAUUUUAGAGAGUUUGAAAGGUCCCUUCAAUGUGAUUUUAAUGUUUGUCGGACAUAUCAAAGCUACUGCGCUUGUAUUACCACUAUUAUUGAUCCAAUUUAUAAAAAACUAAUUGAAGUUGAAAAUGAAGUUAGGCAACAAGAAACUACUUAUACUCUCUUAACGUUAGCCGAUGAAUUAAGUAGAAUAUUCCAGCCGAUUAAAAUGCUUCAAGAAAUCCACGAGCAAAUUAUUAUAGAUCAUAAUACUAAUGAUCCAUUGAAGUGUGCUACUAAACUUAUUGUGGGAUUGCACGAAUCAUUAAAUUUCACGGCUUCUAAGCAGGAGCAAGAUUUAAAACUAGCCCUAUUUUUGGGUACUUUGUAUCACUAUCUAGGUUUAGUGGAUUCUUGGUUGAUAAAGGACGAUUUGGUGGAUUAUACUGGAGAAUUUGUUAUCGAAAAGCGAAUUACUUUGGAUCGUUGGCAUACCCAAUUUGUUCCAAGAGAUGGUAUGGAUGAGAGUUGGAAGAAAAAUAGUUUUUUAAAGGUUUUUAUUGAGAACAUUUUAAAAGUUGGGAAAAAUAUAAAUUUUUUGAGAUUACUGGGAAAGUAUGAUAUUAUUGGCGAUUGUCAGGAGUCGAUUUAUAACGAAUUCAUUAAUGAAACUUUCAAAAAAUUAAGCAAAUUCAACAACAAUGAAAAACAGUUAUUUGAGGAAGCGGAAAUUUUAAAUGAAGAAUGCUCCGACUUAAUCAAAUUGAUAAACGAGGAGAACUUUAUAAAUCCGGUUCUCGGUACGGAAUUAAGCAAAACUAACCUGGAGGUGCAGAAACUUGAAAACUUGGUUGAUAUUCAAGAUCCAUUUUUGGUUACUGCUUUCGCUGAGUUUUUCGUUGGGAGAACUCCAGUGGAAACUAACGAGGACGUUAGUUUAUAUAAUAGGAUUGCAAGGACUACACAGAAUCUUUUCCCAAAAACAAAUUUCUUCGAAUCCACUCUGAUAAAUAUUAUAGAAAGUCGAUUUACUGUCUCAGGAUUGAUGGUAAAAAAAUUACUAAUUGAAGAUCAUUUAUUGGAGAAACAAUUUGAAUUUUUGAGGCAUUUGUAUUUGUUCUUUGACGAUUUGAUUUUUCCUUUCUACAGAAGAUUGUUUGUAAAGACUGAUUCGUCAUGUAAAUCCUGGGCCAACGACAUAUGGCUCACCUCACAUCUACACGACAUUUUUAUUGACAUAUAUCCGGAAUUUUAUGAAAAAUGUUCAGUGCAACUGCAGAAAAAUUGGAAUUUGUGUACUGAUUCCCUAUCAGCGUGUAGUUUGAUUAAUUUCAACUACGAAAUGCCUUGGCCUUUGAAUAUUAUCAUUAAACCAGAGCAAAUGGAACUUUAUAAAGAGAUUUUUCAGUUUUUGUUGAAAAUUAAAUGGGCCUUGCAUACUGUUAAUCAUUUGACUUUUUCAGAUUUAACAAAGUCGAACAUGAAAUCUCAAAAAGCAUUCAAAGCUACAGCUCACAAAAACAAACCUACAGCAAAACUCAUCCGUUUAAAAUUCUCGUUAAUUAACUUGCUCAACAGCCUACAGCAUUUUGUUUUUGGCUUUGUUUUUGGGAAAAACGUACAAAGAUUCGAAUUGACUUUUGAAAAAGCCUAUGAUCUAAAUUCUAUAAUAGAAUCUCAUAGUGAAUUUAUAAAUUCAGUGGCGAAAAUUAUUUCGGAUUUAAAAAGGAAGAUGAUGGAGAAGGAUAAGGAUAAUAAUAUUUCAAAUUGCAUAAAGCUGCUAAAAUUGAUGUGGAAUGAUUUGAGAUAUGCUUCUGCAGAAAGAAUUAAUGAUUGUAACAAAAUUUAUGAAACCAUAUUUAGUGAUAUUAAUCCUGUUAUUUUUCCUGAAUAUAUUUAUGAUUAUUAAAAUCAAAUUUGCUUGAA